UACCCAUUACCAGGUCAUUAGUAUUCAAUCAAAUGAGUAACAGUUAUACUGGAGCAAGAUAUACCAGUGACUGGAAACCAUCUCAAAGCAUUCAUGAUAGUGACAUAGAUUUUAUCAACAGAGAUGCCAUUGAAAUAAUAACUCCAGAACAAGUGCAAACAAUACCAAACGAGAAAAGUUCUAAUGCGUGGCCACAAUCUGCUAUAGCUGAUUCAGUACCUACGCCAAGUGGCAAUUCAGGACAAAAAGUUACACAAGGAUUAAAUGAAGAUCAAGACCAAAUAUUGCUUGAAUCGAAAUCGAGCAAUGAUAAUAAAAGAACUGCUAAAAGUAGCAUAAAUCGUAGAACAUCAAAGUUAAUUUGGGAUGCCAGUUCAACCGAAGAUUUAAUUUUGAAUGCUGUGACUACACAAGAACCAGGUAUCAACAACCAGGUCAAAUCAGAUGAGACAGGGAAUUCAGUAAAUCACAGAAUUGUGACCAAUCAUAAUUACGAAGUAACUGAACCAGCAGAUGUGCGAGAAUUGAAACCAGAAGCGAAUAGCUUAAGUAAUGAAAAUGAAUAUAGUAAUAAAUUCGUCAAUAACCUUUCCAAAUAUAAUAUCGAAAAUGAUGACAGUUUGAACAAUUAUGCUAGAUCCACUCGUACGCUGCGUUACAAGAAAAUGUUAUACCCAUCUCCAGUACCUUUGAUACCAUUCCGCUACAACACAUUGAACCAUCUCCCGGUUGAUUCAUUGCUAGCGGUUUUGCUUUCUAAUUAUGGAUUCUACCUGCAUGGAUUUUAUGGAUUGCCAAAUAAUUACAAGAACUUAUAUGGGUAUUCGGCUUCUAAUAAUAUUCAUAAUAAUAAGCCUUUUGGUUCAUACAAGAUUUAUUCUGAUACUGAUUCUUCAAAUUAACUGCUCGAAGCUGUUGUGUAGUGAUACUUGUAAUUUGAUGUAUGUGACUUAUACUUUCGUAUUUACGUAUGUUUAAAUAAAAGAAACUA